AAACUGCAACUUCAUUUCAAGUCUCCACUCUACAGCUUUACAGAAGCUGGCUACCCUUGCAGUCUGAGCCUAUUCAGGGACUUAUGCCUGGACAACACUGCACAAAGGGUAUUCAGAAGAAUAUCAACAGCUCCACUCCUGCUGCUCUGUUCACCACCUCUCCUCCCACUGCCGUUGAGCUCCAGCCCCUGAUGGCGCAACUUGACCUGUCCUCUUCGAAGGACAAAUCCCAGGAGGAUGGGAAAAAGGACGUAAAAAACCCCAACUUGCAGAAGGCCAAGAACUGCUUCCUCAAAGGAGUGUCAUACUUCUCUGGAGACAUGGAAGUGUUUGGAAAAUUGAUGGAAAAACAGUUCUUCUUGCUGCAGUUACUGGACUGGGUUCUGCGUGGGGCUGCUCAGGUGAUGUUCGUCAACAACCCUCUAAGUGGCCUCAUCAUUUUUGCCGGCCUCAUCUUGCAGAACUACUGGUGGGCUCUGAACGGCUUUGUGGGCACACUCUUUGCCACCAUAUCUGCCCUUAUUCUGCAACAGAGCAGGGGUGCAAUUGCUGCUGGUCUCUACGGUUACAACGGCAUUCUUGUGGGUCUGCUGAUGGCUGUGUUCUCCAAAGAAGGAGACUGGUACUGGUGGCUCCUUCUACCCAACAUCUUCAUGUCCAUGAUGUGCCCUAUAGUAUCCAGUGCACUGGCAUCGAUCAACAGCCGCUGGGAUCUGCCUGUGUUCACGCUGCCCUUCAACAUUCUAGUGUGUCUCCACAUGGUUGCCACUGGACACUACAACAAUCAUUUUCCCCAAGUCCUCAUUCAGCCUCGCUCAGAACUGCCAAACAUCACUUGGGCUGAAAUCGACUUGGCCAAGCUGUUCAUGUCAGUGCCUGUUGGAAUAGGACAGGUCUAUGGCUGUGACAACCCUUGGACAGGAGGAAUCUUCAUCAUCUCGCUCUUCAUCUCGUCCCCCAUCACCUGUGCUCAUGCUGUCCUGGGAUCUGCAGUGGGCAUGGUUUCUGGCUUGGCUCUGGCAGCUCCAUUUGGAGACAUUUACUUUGGCCUCUGGGGUUACAACUGUGUGUUAGCCUGCAUUGCCAUCGGUGGAAUGUUUUACGCUCUAACCUGGCAGGUGCACCUGCUAGCCAUCACGUGUGCUUUCUUUUGUGCAUACCUUGGCUCAGCCAUUGCCAAUAUCAUGUCCACGUUUGGUCUGCCAGCCUGCACAUGGCCGUUCUGUCUAUCUGCACUUACUUUCCUCCUCUUAACCACGGGGACCAAUAGGAUCUUCAAGCUGCCACUGGCCAAAGUCACCUACCCCGAGAAAAACCUGGUCUACUUCUGGAAGAUGAAGAAACAGGAGAAAAAUGAGAAGGCUGAGAAAGAGAAGAGCGAGAGAGAGGAAAAGCAGAGAGCCAUUGUAGAUGAAGUGAUACUAAAUGAGAAGGAGCAACUUAGGCUGGAGCUUGAAAAAGAAGAAGGAAGUGAGGCAUUGGACGGAGAAAUUUAUGAGUUACGCGUUGAAGACGGUGCACCUAGUGAGGAACACCAUGCUGCUGAAGGAAAACAAAUCAAACACACUAAUGGGGAUCCAGCUGAUUAUGUUUAAAAACAAAUAUCUGUGUGUGUGUGUGUGUGUGUGUGUGUGAG